CGAUCACAUGCAAGCGGCAAUUGCGAUGGCUUAAAGGAUUGCUAUCGUGUGGUAGCGGCCCUCUCGGGGGCUCCACUCACUACUGAACUCACUUAUCACAACGUCAUGACUUGGUGGAUUAGGAUGCCUGCGCCACUUGUAAGAACCGCGUAAAGUCGCAUUCUUACCACGCGAUUGUUCCUAGCCCUAAGAUCACCAAUUCCACUUCUUCAAGAUGGGAAAGCAAGAGUUCGACGCGCGCCCGAGUGUGAUCGUUGUUGGUGCUGGUGCUGGUGGUGUUGCGACGGCCGCGCGCCUCGCCCAGGCGGGUUGCAAAGUCACGCUUGUUGAGAAAAAUGAUUUCUCGGGUGGGAGGUGCAGUCUGAUACAUCGCGACGGCUACAGAUUUGACCAAGGACCCAGUCUCCUCCUCUUGCCCGAGCUGUUCAAAGAGACAUUCCAGGACCUUGGUACAUCACUGGAAGAUGAAGGCGUUCACCUGGUCAAGUGCAAUCCUAACUACAAUGUCCAUUUCCAUGACGGGACAAAUUUCAAGCUAUCAACCGAUGUCGCGGUCAUGAAAGAAGAGGUGGAGCGAUUUGAGGGUAAAGAUGGCUUCGAGCGCUAUCUUGGUUUCCUGCAGGAGUCGCAUCGUCACUACGAGUUGUCCGUCAUCCAUGUGCUGAAGAGGAAUUUCUAUUCGCUUUUCAGUAUGGUUCGUCCAAGUUUCUUGCGCCAUUUGAUUGCUCUGCAUCCCUUUGAGAGCAUUUACACACGAGCCAGCAUCUACUUCCGCACCGAAAGAUUACGAAGGGUUUUCACAUUUGCGAGUAUGUACAUGGGUAUGAGUCCAUUCGAUGCUCCUGGAACAUACAGUCUUCUGCAGUACACAGAACUCGCUGAGGGGAUCUGGUAUCCCAUCGGUGGUUUCCACAAGGUCAUCGAGGCUCUGGUCAACAUUGGUGAGCGAAAUGGUGUCGAGUACAUGUUCAACAGCCCUAUAUCAGGGAUACAGCUCUCCGAUGAUGGGAAACGCGCAACGGGAGUCACAUUCCAGGACGGCAGGCCGCCCCUCACCGCAGAUCUGGUUGUCUGCAAUGCCGAUUUGACAUACGCCUACAACGAACUCCUCCCAUCAUCCAGCUACGCCAAAUCCCUCCAGGGCCGCAAAGCUUCAUGUUCGAGCAUAUCAUUCUACUGGGCACUGGACAAACAAUUCCCUGAACUCUCAGCACACAACAUCUUCCUCGCCGAAGACUACAAAGAGUCCUUCGACAGCAUCUUCAAGAAGCACCUCAUCCCCGACCAACCCAGCUUCUACGUCAACGUGCCCUCACGCGUCGACCCAUCCGCAGCACCUAAGGGCUGUGACUCCCUCGUUAUUCUCGUCCCCGUAGGCCACCUUGAAGACUACGGCUCCGACUCCCAUAAGGGUUCCAAGGACAGCUCCGGGCGCACUCAGGACUUCAACGCCAUGGUCCAGAUGGCGCGCGACACGAUCCUCAAGAUCAUCGAAGCACGCCUCAACAUCAACGUCGGCGCUCAUAUCGUCGACGAAGUCAUCAACACACCUGUGACCUGGAAAUCCACAUUCAACCUCGACCGCGGCGCCAUCUUGGGUCUUUCGCACUCGUUCUUUAACGUCCUUGCUUUCCGCCCCAAGACCAAGCACGCGUCCAUUGAGGACUUGUACUUUGUCGGCGCGAGCGCGCAUCCUGGAACCGGUGUGCCGAUUGUGCUUGCGGGCGCGAAGCUGGUCAGUGAUGAGGUGUUGGCGAAGCUGAGGAUGGAGCCGAAGCGUAUGGAUCAGGGAGAAGCGGCGACCAUGAAGGAAGAGUACAGGGUUAUGCAGAAGUGGAGGGUUCCGCUGAAGAGCCAUUUGGAUGUGCAGAGCAAGACGGCGUACUCGAUUUGGUUGCAGUGGUGGGUGCCGGUUUUCCUCACGUUAGUUGCGAUUUACCUGUGGAGUGGGACAAGUCAAGGGCUGAGUGUUUUGUCGUGAGUCACGCAGUCGCGCUUGGGACGAGGUUGAUACCGUAGAUCACAGAGACCUGCCUAGACUGAUGAUGAUAGUGGAGGAGUUAACGUUCAUAGCCCUAAUGCAUCUCUAU